AUGGCAACUCUCCCAGGCGAUGCUCAGGCCCAGAAACCCGAUUCAGGGUCAGGUAUUCUUCCAACAUACCCCCGCCCGAGCUUGAUGCUCACAAAGGGUGAGGGGUCAUAUGUCAUCGCUUCCAACAACAAAAAGUACCUUGAUUUCACCUCUGGCAUCGCCGUUGUGUCGCUGGGUCACUCCGAUCCUGAGAUCACCAAGAUCAUCACCGAUCAGGCAAACGUCUUGGCUAGAAACCUCGUUUCCAAGACGAAAGCGUCCGGUACCAUGUCAGAUGCGCACCAAGUGUUUUUGGCCAGUUCAGGAACGGAAGCCAAUGAGGCAGCUUUGAAGUUUGCCCGCAACUUUGCUAAGCAUGUCGAUCCUUCUGGCAACAAAUUCGAGGUCGUUGCUUUCGCCAAUGCCUUCCACGGUCGUUCGUUUGGAUCCUUGUCGGCCACCUAUAACCCCAAGUAUCGCGAGCCAUUUGCGCCUCUGGUUCCUGGCUUCAAGCACGGCACCUUCAACUCAGUUGAGGGACUCGACUCUCUCAUCACUGACAAGACAUGUGCCGUUAUUGUCGAGCCAUUGCAGGGAGAGGGAGGCAUCUACCCCGCCAAGGCAGAGUUCAUGACCGCUCUGCGGAAGCGCUGUGACGAGACCAAGGCCCUGCUGAUUGCCGACGAGGUACAGAGCGGUAUCGGCAGAACAGGAUCUCUUUGGGCCCAUGCUCAUCCUUCUUUGAGAGACCCCAAGACCAACAAGGUGUUUGCCGAACCUGAUAUCCUCACCACGGCCAAGGCGUUGGGCAAUGGUUUCCCUGUCGGCGCUACCAUUGUGACGAGACGGGUUGCAGACACCAUCGGCCUGGGAAUCCACGGCACCACUUACGGAGGCAACCCACUCGCAUGCCGAAUCGCAAACAACGUUCUCGACCGCGUAUCGAAGGAUGACUUCCUCAAGCAGGUCCAGGUCAAGUCUGACCAUCUCGUCAAGGGACUUAAAGAUGUGCAGGCCAAGAUGCCAGAGGUAAUCAAGGAUGUCCGAGGUCACGGCCUGAUGCUCGGAAUCGAGUUGCAGCCAGAGUUUAGUGGCAAGAUACCCGAAGUCAUUCAAAAUGCUCGAGAUCGCGGUCUUUUGGUCAUCGUUGCUGGACCUUGUAUUCGCAUGGUUCCCCCGUUGACGAUUGAGGCGAAGGACUUGGACCUGGGGCUGGAUAUUUUCAAGGCGGCUCUUCAAGCCGCGUGUUUGAACAAGACUGGGGGAAAGCUAUGA